UUUGAUCUCUUAAUAAUCCGAUUUUAAAAAAGUAAAUAAAAAUUAUAAUGUAGAAGAAUUAUUUAUCAGAAUUUUAUUAAAAAUAAUUCUUAUUAGUAACUAGAUAAUUAAUUCCUGAUAUAAUUUAAAAUAUCUUUUAAGAAGAUUAAUUAAAAUUAAAAACAAAGGAUAAGUUAUAAAUUAUAAUAAUAAAUGGAUAAAAAAGUAAAAGGAGCUAUUUCUGAAUUAGAAGCGAUCAAAUAAUUUUUAUAAAAUUUUGAAAAAGAAAAUAAAAUAAAAUUUAUAUACGUUGCUGAGACUGGUAGUAGAGCUUACGAAUUAUCAACUAAAUCCUCAGAUUAUGAUUUAAAGGGUGUUUUUAUAGACUAAAAGUUAGCCUAUAAAUAAUUAGAAUAAGAGUAGUUCUAAGAUGAAUCUUUUGGAAAAACAAAGCUACAAAGACUUAAACAAACAGGAGUAAAGGUAAAAAAUAUAUAAACUGAGGUUGAUAUUGACUUUUUUGAGCUAAAUUUUUUCUUCUCAAAUCUGUAGAAUGAAGAAGAAAGUCUUUUAUAUUGGUUGAAUAGUUAAUCCAUUUACAUUAAUUGUUUGGAGUAACUCAUACAAAGCAUUUUAUUUGAAAUGAAUCUACCAAGGAAAGAGAUAUUAGAAAGAAUAUAGAAAGAUUAUGCAAAAGUUUAAAACAAUUAAAAGAGAGAAGCUAAAAAAAAUAUUAAUAUGAUAAUAGAUUCCUUAAGAUUGCUGUAUAUUUAGAGAUUUGAAUAAAAUUCACCCUACGUAGUUUCUUAAUUAAUAACAGAGUUACAAGAAAUAUUUUAAAGAGAUGAGUUACCUUCGCCUGUUAAUGAAAUAGUCUAAAAUAUUGAUUAAGAAAUUUAAGACUUAUAUUAUAUGAAAAAAAAUGGUAAAGGCUCUCAAUAAAUAGUUGCUAAAGAAGAGUGGAUUAAGCUUGUUUAAUAUGUUAUCGAUUAAGAAAAAACAAAGUCUAAAGUCCUAGGUGAUAAACAUAAAUCAAAUAACUAGAUUAAAGAAAGCCUAUUUAAAAUAUAUAAUGAAAUGAUAUAAAAAAUCUAAUGA